CGCAUGCGCAUCGGCGUAUCUGGACCCAUCACUACUCAGAAGUAUGUUGUUUAUAACAGUGGCUGUUCUUGGAAGAUGAGACAAAAAUUUUUCCACUGUAAAUGGAGCUCAAAUAUAUCUCUUUACGACGCCGGUAGCCGGCGGGUUUAGCUAGUGGUUUAAUUUGGACACCGAGGAGGCUCAUCCGUCCGCCGCCGCUGCUCCCCCCCUCAGCGGGGAUUUGGACAAAGCCAGUCAGAUGUUGGACGAUAGGAUAUAUCAUCGGAACUGCUACGUUUUAACAGCGAGGUUAAUAAUAGAAUUUUCAAACUGAAUAUACCGCCUAGAAAAAGUGACGGCGGCAAGACGGUUUAGGAGGCGAGGGUUUGGAUCUCGCACCGAGGGAAGGAGAAGGAAAAAGCCGCGGGGAAGAAGAGAGGAAAGGGGCCGAGAUCCUGAUGCCAGUGAUGGCAAACGAGCCGAUCAUACUAAAUGUCUAUGAUAUGUAUUGGAUCAAUGAGUUCACCAGCUCUCUGGGUAUUGGAGUUUUUCACUCAGGAAUUGAGAUCUAUGGAAGAGAGUUUGCCUACGGUGGACAUCCAUACCCAUUCUCAGGGAUCUUUGAGAUCACUCCAGGUGACGCAACUGAACUUGGCGAAACGUUUAAGUUCAAAGAAGCCAUAGUCCUGGGCAGCACGGACUUCACAGAGGAGGAUGUGGAGAAGAUCAUGGAGGAAAUGGGGAAGGAAUACAAGGGCAAUGCCUACCACCUCAUGCACAAGAACUGCAACCACUUUUCCUCAGCACUUUCAGAGAUCCUGUGUGGCAGGGAGAUCCCUCGUUGGGUCAACCGUCUGGCCUACUUCAGCUCCUGCGUGCCAUUCCUCCAGAGCUGCCUGCCCAAAGAAUGGCUGACCCCUGCUGCCUUACAGUCCAGCGUGAGCCAGGAGCUCCACGGAGCGAACGGGGAGCUGGAGGAGGCAGAGGACGCCGCUGCCACAGCCUCCCUGGCCUCCAUGUCACCAUGCUCUCCUUCAACCUCCUCCAGCCCUUCCUCCUCUUUGCCUCGACACGCUCGUCCUCAGCCCCGCAGGUAGAAGCAGCCACCUCUGCUGGAUGGCCUUUACUCUUUCCUACAGAGCAAGUGUGGUAACGGAGAACCUGCAGCGGCCAAAAGCCUUGUCAGAUGGUUUCUUCAGGCACUGCUGCCAGCUGUGAAUGAGAGCAUCAGGACAGUCUGUCUCAGUCUGGGUCUGUGGAAGGUUCCCGCUGACAAAAUGACCUCUUUAUUCCCACUUCAAAGACAAAACCAUCCCCACUUAUUUGUCAUUUACAAACCACAUGCAGAUUGUACCAGCAGUUACUUGGAAUCCCCACCUCAUCACAGGGUAAAGAAAAUAGUCAUUCUGCUUCACAUAAAAACUCCUUCGGACACUGAUACAGAAAAUGAUAUUAUUUCUAUAGCUGUCCAGUUAUUUUUAUUUUUCAGGUGAAUGACUUUCAGACACUGAUUUAGGUGUUGAGAAACUUCCUGCUCAGUGUUAUGGCCUCAGAUCUUCCAGCUUGGCUUUCACUGAGACUGAACAUUUCUUUUAGGCUGCCCCAUUUCUGUUUUGUGAAAACAUUUAAAAGCAGACGGGUGGAGUUUAAAUUUAGUCCUCGUCUCUUCAGGAUUCCACCCUGAAAUCCUCAACAAAUGUUUUCUAUGACUGUUGAUUAAUAUAACCUGAAUCCAAGGGAAAGAUUUGUACAAAAUUUAGUGGCAAGUUUAGGAGAAAUCCAACCUUUAAUUUUAAGUAAUUUAUUAAGUGUGGAACAUCCCUGGUUUCCUUAUGCUCUCCUAGUGGUUUUUCUAUGGGAUGAGGUGUUAAGGGAAAAGGGUUGAUUUGGUAUCUGUUAAGCUGUUUUCAUGUCAUUAAACCUGGAAACAAAACAAAUCUGUUUUAUUUGAAGAAAACCAAAUAUUUUAUUAAAGAUGUCAUGCUAUUUUAAUGAGUCUCUGGCACACUUGCAAAUGUUAUAGUCCCACAGCACCACCAAACUCCGCCGUGCCGAGCUGAACAACUCAUUGGCAUUGAGGGUGUGAAGCUGUCAGUCCUUUUGUUUACCUGCAUGAUCUGUCGUUAUCCAGACUCGCUGAAAAUUCCAGUGAAUUCAGAUGUUUUUAUCGUGUCUGGUUGUAGAUAUGGACACAUUCAGAGGAGUUCAUGUCUUGUUGUGUUUUCCAGUCUUAAGUGAUAUUUUCUCUUCUCGUUUCUAUUUUUAAGAAUGGGUAAAAGAAACCAGGCUCUGUUCUGCUUCAUAUUUUUAAGCCUAGAGAAGCAGAAGUUCAUCAAUUAUUGAUUUAAAGUUACAAUCUGAUGAACUCUUUAUGAGUAAUAAAAGAAAACCUACACUUUGAUUAAAGGUUGGAUUUUUUUAAAUGUUGAAUAUCAGGUAGUGAAGAUAAAGUCAUUUCAAGCAUCUUUAGCAGAGGUUUGGUGAGUCUGUAUGAUGUCAUUUGCAGCUAAUAAAUGAUUUCUCUGCUGGCAGCUGCAUUUAACAUCUACUGAACUAAAGCAGCAUCACUUGGUCCAGCCUACAAAACUACUGGAUAAAGUUAAACUGUAGUUUAAGCAGUCAGCCUAAUUCUUUGUAUUUUGUUUCCAGUGGA